AUGAAGACUGAAAUGGUGCUUGGAAAUCGAUUAUUGCUUCGAUUGAAGAUCGAAGUAGUUGUUUUGAUGAAAUGUCACGAGCAGCAGGAUCCUGAUAGAAAAGGACAUUUUGUUGAUUUUGUUGAUAGGGGAAAAACACAAAAGUUCAAGUUUCUUGUCAUGGGCCUUGUUGGACCGUCGCUAGAAGACAUUAGGAAGAAAGAUCUUAUGAAAAAUUAUUCAAAAUCAACAGCUAUGCAAUGCUGUAUACAAACAAUGACGGCAUUGCGUGAUUUACAUGGAAUCGGCUACCUGCACAGGGACAUAAAACCGCAAAACUAUGCAAUUGGCCUCGGUCCAAGAGAGUCGACCAUAUACAUGCUAGAUUUUGGAAUCGCUAGAAAAUUUACAGAAGGAGAGACAAAAACUGUGAAACUACCACGAAUAAAAGUGCACUUUUUGGGAACUUUGAGGUUCGCUGCCAGAGCAUGUCAUAAACAAAUCGAACAAGGGCGAAAAGACGAUCUAGAAUGUUGGCUUUACAUGUGUUUCGACUUAUUCGAUGACGACAAGGGUUUGCCGUGGAAAAGAUGUGAAAGAAAUGAAAUACUUCCAAUGAAAGAACAAUUUUUCAAAUUGGAACAUAAGUCGUGCUAUCGCAUAGUUCCAGAAGAUUUCAAACGACUCGUGGAGUAUAUUAAUGGUUUAAAAUAUGCCGAUGAGCCGGACUAUGUAUAUUUACGGAAUUCGUUAGCAGCAAUUUCAAAGGAGGAAAGAAUUGAUUUUUCAAAACCCCUCGACUGGGCCGGAAUCACUACUAGAAAGAAGAAAGAGAAAGGAGCUAAAGAUGAAAGUGAAACUUCCGAAGAUAAUCGACAGGAGGAAACUGGUUCCGGUGAAAAAGACGAUGAAAAAUACAAAAGCCAACGCUCCAAAAAAGUGAAGUCAUAA